GCAGCUAGUUUUAAGGCCGGUAAAGUCAAUAUUGCUGCAGCGGGCGGAAGCUUAUUCGCUUGCAAGCAGAUCUCCUUCACUCAACCUUUCCCGGGUGGAAAAGAAGUGAAAGUCUUAGCCUCAUUUGGCCACGCAGUUAACAACUCAGCUCAUUCUAAUGGUGCUGCUAUUUGGGUGGAAUCGGAGGAUGCAAACCAAUUCCGCGCUUGCGUCUAUGAAUACAGCGACGGAUCAAACAAAACAGCGGAAUUUAAUUGGGUCGCCAUGCAAUCUUCACCAUCAGGGGCGCAGUUAGGAACAACCCUCUUGGACUCCUGGACUACUGGGACAGAAUGCAAAAGGAUUGAAUUUCCCCAGGUUAGCUUUGUUGUCAUUGUUGUUGUUUGUUUGUUUAAUACUACGAUAAAAUAGUGACGAGAUAAAACCGAAUACAACAAAUAACAUUAUUCGCCGCAGCGACUCCGGACGUAAAAAUCAAAGAUUAACCCUUUAAGCCCUAAAAGUGAUCAGCAUCAAUUUUCCCGUUGUAAUAUCAAUGCUUUGUAACACAGUGUGGUCAUGAGAAUUAAGGACAUGAUCACACAAGAUGAAUAUAACUGAUACUUCAACAAAUUCUCCCCACUACUUCUAUUGAAAACGUAUACAGGUAACACACGAGAAUUUGAAUUUUUAAAAAGGGUUAAAACGGUGAGGGAUUUUCUGCGAUCGAGCAAGUGUCGAGGUGGGCUGGCUUAAUAGCCAAGUGAAGUUUAAAACGAACUCUUCUGUAAGCCAGGAAAAUGGGCAGCUCCAGAUUUAUUUACCGAAGUGGAUUAAAUGGUUUCAUUUUGUUGCUUUUGACUGCGCGAUUUAUUAACCCCUUAAACCCUGACGUAUCAAUUGGAUCCAUCUUGUGUGAUCAUGUCCUUAAUUCUCAUGACCACUCUCUUUUAUAAAGUAGUGAUAUUACAAGGAGAAAUUUGAUGCUGAUCGAUCACUCUUAGGGCUUAAAGGGUUAAUCUUGCUUGAGAUGUUUCGAUGUACAACAAUGUUGUUGUGCAUGCAUGACUCCACGUUUAUAUAUGGAAUUCGGCCACCCCGGCCUUAGCCGUAUCGGGUACUUGGGACAGAUGUCAAUCCGAAAAAAUAUAUUUUGUUUCUAGUUGUUUUAGUGACAUAUUAUGAAUAUUAAGUUGACACUUGACACUGAGUCCUUGAAAUCUUAGCCGGAUGUUUGAUGUUUGAAUAACUUAACCCUUUCAAGACUAAAUUUAAGGCUGUCGAUAUACUGUCUUUUAUCAAUUAUACAAACUUCAGGAUUAUUAAAUGUUGAUCGACAUUCCCGUUUUUUAUAAUAUUUUCAGUCUUAAAGAGAUAAAUGCAUAAAAAGUAAAACGUUUCUUAACAUUUUUUUUAAAUCUAAGGAAUAUUGUCUUUUACUGAAUGCCCCUUGGCAAAUUUCGCUAAAAAUUAAUCUAGCAAUUCCCCAUAAACCAUUUUAAGGUAAACAUAUGAAUAAUAUUUUCAGAAAACAAAAUGUAAUUUCAUCUUCACAGUGCUGGCAUUUCUGGUAUUUUAUUUUGUUUUGGAACAGUGUGUACUUUUGACGCUUUUCUAACAUCGAAGAUGGUCUGACUGAAGACGGCCAAAAGUUCAUGGAAAUAUUAUUUUAAAAUUUUUCUUGUCACGUGAACUAUAAGUGUACAUUUUCCCGUAUUAUUUACACCAAGUGACUUAAGAGGCUUAAACUUCCACUUAAAUUUUACCAAUACUUAUCCAUAAAAACAUAUUCCAAUGACCUAUCCCUUUGAUUUAAUUUACAAGCAAUCACUCAUUCUAUUUAUAGUCAUUACUAAACACUGGUCAGUCAUUAAUUCCUAUUUAUACGUAUAAUCUACUUAUUGUCAAUUAAAUGAGUAACUGUAUCCUGUUGUCUUGCCAGGAGCGAAGCGUUCAUAUCCGCACACAAGCCCGUGCGUACAGCUGAAAUCUUUUUUAGUACCUGAAAACACUUUUUCAUAAAACCGGGAUGACAGAUAAUUUUUUUUUGCAUUAUAUUGGAGCCCUUUUUUUAGUAUUUUCUUCCUCCUUAUUGUUCUAUCAACGGCUCACUGCAAGAAACGUUAUAGUGGGGUGAGAGACGAGAGAUUAAGCUCCUUGCAAUUCUGCACAUACACAAGCACAAGGACGUUAAUUGAUAUUGAUGGCGUUGUAACAGAGUUUGCCCGUCUUAAGGGUUGCCGUCUUGCCCUUUGCUUGUAACCUCUUUGAUUGCGUUGCAGUUUUACUUUUUUCCCUUUAACAUUAAUUACCAAUAACAAUAGAGAUGGGUAAAAAAGCAACUAACUACUGCAUUUUUCCCUCGUAUUUAUCUACCGAAAAUAUUCCGAGGAAAACGUAGGAAAUGGCCCCCGGACUCCCCUAGUUUGAAGCGCCUUCGGUACAUUAACUUACCUUCCCAGGUGCGCACACCUUUAAAUCUCACACCAUUCCAACUACCUCGUCAGCUCGCUACUAUUCCUAAUUUAUACGUUCGUUCUGAUUUCUUCCUAGCGUUUCCAGUCCCUUCCAACUAUACUUGUGACUCCUAGUCACCAGGUUCCAGAGCGACCUCAGGAUGCCAUGGCCGUGUGGGUGGAGGAUUUGACCCAAAGCAGUUUCAAAAUUUGCCUCCGAGAAAUAAAGAUUUUCGACGGUUUUCAUCAGAAUAUUAAAGUUGUGAGUAAAUUUGACGUGCCUGUCUAUAAUUGAAUUCCGAGUUCUUAAUAGAGAGGGAGGGCUUAUUAACUUUCUUCCGCUGAGAGUGCGGGCUUAUUAGAGGAAGGGGGCUUAUCUGAGAGGGGGGGCUUAAUAGAGGAUUUACGGUAAACCCCACUAAAAUUUCUCUUCCAAACAUUAAAAUGCUCUCUUUCUAUUAGCCUGUUCUAGACGUUUAGAUGGUGGCGGACAGCGAGUUCAAUCGUACGCCCGCGCCCUGCAAUCUUAACGCGUGAAACACUCAGGCUAUCUUUCUAUAAAUGGAGAUGUAUAUGGCGAGAUGUAAGAUUUGGUCACUAACUAAUAAAGCAAAUUGUUUAUUUUUCACAACUGGUAUAGACAGGAGAAAUCUAACCACUACCCACUUUUCUGUCGGGCUGAGCUAGAGAGGCUUUAUAACCUGUUUACUUGUAGGUCAACAUUCUUCUUCGUUUUUGAAAUGAUAAUCCGACGUCCUUUUUCAUAUGUUUUUUUUUUUUAAGCAGAACUGGAUGGCAUUUACCAAUCUGAGGGUUCAAAAUUUUACUUUGGCUGAUAGUUUGACAUUUACCAACAACAGAUCGUUAUCUCGAUCGCAAGAUAACUUCGCCCUUUGUCAGGUAUACGUAAGAAGUUAAAAGGUAACAUUUUUAAAUUGCACUGUUGUGCAAUGUCCAUUUGAAUUGCAUUCGUUCUCUUAUAAUCGAAUGUGUCUGAGCAUAGCUUGAUAUUAUUAUUUGUUUGUUUGUUUGUGUGUUUGCUUGUUCGUUUGUUUGCAACAUAGCUGCCCAAAUACUUCUUUUAAAUAAUUCAUUGCUUUUCUUUACCAGAACAUCACCUUCGCAGAUCCGUUCUUUGCUCCUCCGGUGGUGUUAAUAACACCAAAAUACGUUUACAGUGGCAACAAUUUGCUUUCUGGUUGUAACGCAGUCACCACCUGGGUUGAGGUAAGAUUGUUGUUCCUUUACUGUAUCAUUGUUAACUGCAAAAAAUGCACCACCUGAUGAUAAAAAAAGCACGUUCACGUUACAUGUUCAAGAAUUUUUUAGUAAGGUAGGAGAUCUCGGUGGCCCAUGUUAUAUAUAUUAGAAUAUACGAGAUUUAUAGGACGCAACUUUGACGAUACUGGACUACAUGAUUAUUAUAAGAAAAAAAAAGAAAAUUAAUCGAAUAUUUUAUUUCAUUUAAAGAAUUCAACCAAAACAGAUACAAAGAUCUGUGUACGAAACUACGAUAGGAUCAGUAACAAUACCAUUAAAGUCGACUUCCUGGUUAUUGGAGGUAUGUAAAAAUACUUACUUAGUACAAAGAAAUGAGAAUAAAAAGAGCUGUUUGUCAUUUAAGAUAAACAGGCAGAUCCGUUUUAAAUUCAAGCCUUUAUAGUUACGUGCACACCGUAUUUUAAAGCCUGCGAGGCCUGCGCAAGAAAGGAGAUUGGUCUCACGCGCGCUUUUGUGCGGCACACCCCGACCAAGAAUUUCCCUACGAAAGACCCCCCGAGAAUUAGAACUUAUGUGUAAUGGAAGAGCCGUCUGGUGGAAACACGUGACCAACUAUUGAAAAAGGCCUAUUCUAUUGGUCCUGGUUAUGUCUGGCUUGUUGUGUUAUGUUUGUGAGGUUUAGUAAGCGGUUAAUGAAUGACACACAGGAUAAAUUUUCCAGAACAAUCGGUGCGUCAGGAAAAAGGUAUAGGCCUAGAUAAAUUUGUGCGGUUAAACAUUUAUGUAAACUGUAUCUUUCACUAUGUUGUUGUUGUUUUAUCGAGUUUAGACUUAUGUGAAACGUGAUUUUUGUACACUCCUACUAGAUCUGGAUCCUUGUCUGAACGUAACUUGUGAUUACCACUGUCUUUGUAAGGCUUUUGGACCAUACGAUGCCCGCUGCGUGCACGCAGAAAACUGCCCAUCCUACCAAGAGCCCAUAUGUUCCUCCAACGGAACUACGUUUGAUAAUAGGUGUCUCUUUGAACAGGAAAUGUGUCUGUUGCGACUCAACUACACUGUCCAACAUCCCGGUGGUUGUGAAGGUUAGCAACUCAGUAUGCUCCUCAUUUAUUAUUAGUUUCUAAAGACUUUAUCUGAAACAUCAGAAUUAGACUGUCAACUGUAAGCAUUUUAGGAAAAAACUCACACCAACACCUACAAAAAUCAUUUACGCAUUCAAUGAAGGCUACGUUUUUGUUACUGCUUUCAUUUUGCUGUAUGCAUUUACCAUAAUUUAAUGAUUUUUGUUUUGUUUUGUUCUUUUUGUUUUUUAUUUCCGUUUCUUUUUGUCAGGGUUCCCAUUCCAGCGAGGUCGAAUUCACAUGCCCCACAUACCAUCUUUGGGGUACUCUCAUUGCGAAGCUGUUCGUUUCCGACCAUUUGUAUUUUAUCCUGACAAACCUAUCCAAGUACAGAUAACUGUCAAUCACAUCGAUACCAGUGACAUAACAUAUGUCCACGAUGCUGCUGUGUCGUGGAUUGAAGAUGUAAGUUACGAACAAUUCACUGGGUGCGUGAUGGCGGCAGGGUAUAACGAGCGCAAGUCCAGUGCUAAUGUGUCCAUAGACUGGAUAGCUUAUCAGGGAGCUCCAGUGGGUGGGGUCACUGGAGAGGUGCGCAUGUCACAGUGGUGGACUGGAACGACUUGUAAGACUGUGAGUUUCCCUUCGGUAAGUCCAGUAGAUCUUUUCAAAACGCGUACCUACUACUUAACUACUUCUGACUACGACGACGACGACUAACAGUAUCACUCACUAUCACUACCCCUACCGGGCUUCCAUCAUAGCUCUACCAUGAAAAUAUAAAGCAAACACGUGACUUUUUUAUAAUAAAUUUUCUGAAUAGUUCAUUGAAAAAUUGUUUAAAAGACCUCUUUGGCUCGUAUAUUUUGUUUUCCCAUUUCAGACUACGAGAGGUUACCUCAUCAGAACUAGCUAUUUUUCUUUUUUUCAAAUGUCGUCCUUUUCGCUAGUGCAUAUGUGUGCAUAUAACGUUGUGAUCUUUAUUGUGAAAACAAGAAUUCAAGCUGAAAAGGUAUAUUUCCCUCACAUCAAAGGUCAGUGUUUUACUAGUUUUGUAAGUAACGUCAAAAAAACUAUCGGAUUAUGAGACAAAUGGACUAGAUUAUUUAUUGCUCGGAUUUGUAAUGCAAACUACACUUCAACCCAGAGAAGUUACCAGACAUUACAAGAAAGGGCUCAAGGUCUGUUAUAUGAAAUGGUAUAUGAAAUGACACGGACCAUUUUGUCAAGAAAAAUCCAUUAAAGUGGCAGUUAGACGCCAUCAAAGCGUAUUUUGCUUUACCUCAUUGCCUGUUAUUCCUAUACUUAAUUUUGUACCAUUUUCCAAUCAGGGCAAGUUUUCAAAGGAUCCUUCAGUGUUUGUUACCGCAGAACAUCACCGUGCCGGACUGAAGAGAGACGCCGCCAGUAUUUGGUUAGAGGACAUCACACAAUCUUCCGUCAAAAUAUGUUUACGGGAACUGCAAAAUUACGCUGGCUCCCACGAGGACAUUUAUGUUGUAAGCAUUUAGGAUAAUUUCAUCACAACUUAUAAAUAUAAUCACUGAUUCAGUGUCAGUUUGAGAUAGAUUGAGAAUUAGCUCUGAGGUUAGGACCUGGACAGCCAAGAUCCCUUACUUUCGACCACUUUAUAGUCACCGUAAAGGUAUAAAAAAUGUGUAAAACUGUAACUAAACGGUUUUAUUUGAAGGCACGUUUUCUCAAAUUGCAAGUGAUUUUCGACUUUGGGAACUGAAUGGUAACUAAUUGGAAGAAUUCAUGUAUGUAAAUGAAUAAAAAAGAGUGGGCUUGUAUUAAAGUCUUCCUUUCAUUUCAACCCUGCUCAAGUGAAAUAGUGUUUUUAACAUCAAAAUGUUCCCGCGUAAUAGGGGCUAUCAACCUUUAGCCUCUGACGCCACAGUUUGUUGCUGUUAACAACUGAUAAUUCAGGGUCUUUUAGUACCAGUUUCCAUAUGAAUAUAAGUUGGACGAUGACCUCCAUACAAGGAAAGUCAUGUAACACUUCGUCUCACUUCCACUUAUUGAAAAUGUUCGCCUAAUUUGGUCAAAGUUUGCAGCUUCAGCUUCAGCUUCAAAUUACGUGUUACUGUGUACAUGUCCGUCUUAGUGAAAUGUUCAUCUUAACAGGGCGUACGCCUGAAGAAAGGCAGGGGCCAACUCGAGGUGUCCCUUUAAAGAGAUACCCGUCUUAUAUAGAGAGUCAAAUAAUAUGUCUGUCUGAAGAACAAAAGGGACCAACUCUAUGUGCCCGUUUUUGGGGAGGUGUCCGUCUUGUAGAGAGUUAAGUAAUAUGUCUGAAGAACGGCAGGGAUCAACUCUAGGUUUCUGUCUUAGGGAGGUAUCCUUCUUACAGAGACAAAUGCUGCUGAGGAACGGCAGGGACCAAGUCUUGGUUACGUUUUCGGGAGGCGUCCGUCUUAAGUCAAAUACUGUAACCGAAGAAUGGCAAGGACCAACUCUAGGUUUCUGUUUUAGGGAGGUGUCCGUCUUACAGAGUCAAAUACUGUAACUGAAGAAAGACAGGGACCAACUCUAGGUGCCCUUUUUAGGGAAAUGUCCGUCUUAUAGAGAGUCAAAUAUAUUAAAACGACAAAAAAAAGGCGGGGGUCAGCUCAAGGCGUGUCCGUUUUAGGUUUUACUGUGUACAUGUCCGUACGCGUCUUGGUGAAAUGCUCAUCUUACAGGGCGUAUUCCUGAAGAGAGACAGGGACCAACUCUAGGUGUCCCAUUAAAGAGAUGCCCGUCUUAUAUUGAGAGUCAAAUUUGAAUAAUAUGAGUGAAGAACGGUAUACGUAGGAGCCAACUCUAUGUCUCCGUUUUAGCGAGGUUUCGCUGUCUUUUAAGGGUAUCCUUUAAAGAGUGAGUUGACUGUAUUUUUUUGAAAUUCAUUUUGUUUUAGAACUGGUUGGCGUUUUCUUCACUUCACAAGCCUCUUUUUGCAGAACACGAUUCUAUUUAUUUUGCAAACUCUGGGAUUCCUCCAGCUGAUCAUAACAAUGCUUUCUGCGAGGUCAGUUAUCACUGUCUUAUGUCUGUCCUUCCGUUACUGUUUUACCUGUCUGCCGACUGAUGAACAUGAAAGUAUCCUUUUUUUAACUUGCUUUUUUUAAUUUUGUUUUUAGGAUAUUCACUUUAUCAGGGUGUACAAUAUUGCCCCGACUAUCUUCGUGUCAGCGAACCAUACAUCUACUGGUGGAAAUCAGGACCCCAUGCACAAUUCCAUUACUACUUGGGUUGAGGUAAAUUAACAGGAACAACUAGGCGAAUAUUAAAGAAAUGAAUUUACAAAGGACACAAGCUAAGGCAAAAAUAUACAAGAACUUACGUGCAACAUGCAUGACUUGCCGACAUAGGAAAAGGAAGCUUAAUAAUUUAUUCAGUUUUAUACUCGGGUUUUUUAGGCCCACGAUAAACAUUUAAACGUCACAAAAUAUCUCUGGCUGCUUACUUGACCAAACUACGCCGUAUAAUACGAUCGACUGCCAAGAAUGCUAUGUCCACAAAUGGCCGCCAUUUUGAAUUUGCCAUCUUGGGUUUGCAAAAUUGAUAUGGGAAUAUUUUUGCAACCGGAUCAUUAAAACUUAACCCUAAAAUUCUCAAUUUGCAACCGUGCUCAUAAACUGUUGCCACAGCAGCACAUACAAUUGGAUGUAAACAAAAAAUGGCGCUAAAAAUGGCUGUGAAGGUAACAGAAUCUAGUGGUUGUAGCUGUUGAAAGUCUGAGCACGUUCGGUCGCCUUCUACUCUCCCCUUCCAUUCUGGGCAGAGUUGAAAAUGUUUUACUACAUAUUCUUACUUGUUGCACAGUUGUUUUUGGUUGUUUGUAGUAUAGCUUGUUAUUCUUUAUAUAUAUAUAAAAAAAAAAAAACCUUAUCAAAGUAUCGCCGAAGGCACACACAACACUUCCAAAUUACCUGGAUAAAUUGAGCGAACGUUUUUGUCGUCAAUCGACCGUGGCGACCCGUGUAAGAGGCCAAAACCACAUGCAGCUUAAUAUAUAUAUUUUUUUUCAGUACAUUAACACAACAGGCGCCCGAGUUUGUUUAAAAGAACUGUACGAAUCCAAGUAUGACCCGCUUUCUGUAUCAUACACUGUAUUGUCAGGUAAGAAGUGGUGGGUUUCAAAAGGGAGUGGUCAUCAAUCAUUAGCGGGGAGAUCUACUAAAAAGUCUAAGUCAAGGGUCAAAAGAUAUUGACCCUAAUGUUUGCGUUUACAAUCUCUGACCUCGCCCAAGGCUAGGUCAAAACAUUAUGAACUUCCCUUGAGGAAGCUUCUUUUUCAAUCAGUUAUUUAAUUCCAUUAUUGAAAUCAAUUUGGACAGAGUGUGUAACACACUGUCGAUAGCGAUCACCUAUUUCUGAUUUCGCGGUCACCUAUUUCUAAGUUCGUUCUUGCAGCGUAAGUAGUGUUGUUCUAAAAUUACGAAAGUGCACAUCUGAGUAAACAAUUUUGUUAAAAACUGUUAAAAAAUAGGAUGUUCGUGCAUUAACAAAAGCUACCAAUAAUGCAUCGGGGAAUCGUCCAAGCUUUGGCUUCUUUAAUUUAUUAUCUUGCAAUUAGCAAAAUAGAAGAAAAUUUUAAAGUUCUUCCUUUCUUUCAAUGUGGAAAUUUUCCAGACAGUCCCCGUCCCUAAUAUGAAACCACUUCGCCAUGCAUAGUAACCUUACAGACAAAAUAGAGAUAUUUGUUUGUAGGUUAAGGUGCCAAAACGUGAGGCGGCUAUCCCAUUUCAUCGCCUUACUCAAGACAUAUGUAAACAUUAUUUUUUCCACAACCACAAGGAUUAAUAAGGAACAACAGAAUUUGGUACUCCACGGAUUGCACACAGAGUUGUUUUAGCUCAUCAACUGAAUAUGGGUUGGCAUGUAUGCGAAAUGUAAGUACCUACGAUCGGAACAGGUUCCUGGAUUCAGUUUAUUGUGUCCUGAAAAUUCUAGAUAUUUGCCACCCAGGAUGGAGUUACUUUGGCGGUUAUUGCUACUUCACAAGUGCCGUAUGCGCUUCUUGGAUGACCGCAGAAGCAAAUUGCUCGACCAGGAGUUCAAAUCUGGUGACAGUGCACAACCAAGAGGAAAAUGUUUAUAUUCAACACAGUCAUAACGGAGACAGAUCCUGGAUUGGACUCAAUGACCGAAGCGUGGAGGGCUCCUUUGUGUGGACAAACAAAGAGAUAAGUAGUUUUAGGUUCUGGGCUCCAAGACAACCCAACAACUGGAAAAACGAAGACUGCGUUCACACCCUUGGCGCCAGGCAAGGUUACACUUGGAAUGAUGUGCCUU